AUGGCAGCGGUGCUGGAGGACUGGACCACAGUCCGGAUCGACCCGGUCACUUUAGCUGCAUUACAGGACACCGGCUGGUACACGGUCAACCUGAGCCGGGCACAGAGUCUGGUCUGGGGCGACGGUGAAGGAGCCACGUUUGGUUCCCUGUCAACCUGCCAAGACAACUCCUCCUCCUUUUUCUGCUCUGGCAGUGGACGUGGGUGUCAUUUUCUUCACCUCCACAAGGGGGAGUGCCAGACGGAUCCAUACCUGGAGGGAUGUGGAGUGUUUAAACCCCUCCAGAAUGCAAGUGAAUGUUGGAAACAGGAAAACACCGGGCAGUCAGCUGAAGACGAUUGGAGCGGGGAGAUUUUGGGCUUCAACAGCCGAUGCUUCUUCUCUAACCUGACCAGACAGGUGCCUGUGCUUAGUCAGUUUGUUGAGGUUAACAGCUCAGUGGAGGGCCGCUGUUACAGACACAGGUGUACUGGACCAAACAGGUUCCAAAUCCAGGUCACUGGCUCUGAGUGGGUGGACUGUCCAGCAGGAGGCACAAUUCAGAUAAAAGGAUAUCAGGGUUUAGUCUUGUGCCCUGACAGGAGGUUUUGCCUGUACUCUGACAUUACUCCUCCCUCAGAUGAUGUCAGUAUGUUUCCAUCUUCUUCCACAAGUGACCCCUAUGAGACGUUGACUUCAGUCCAGGAUGGGACCUGGUCUCCCCUCAGACCUCCUACACAGAUCACUGUAGCCACAGCGCUCUGCUUCACUGCCGCUGUGUGUCUCCUGGCUGCACUCAUGGUGUCUUACAGGAAAUGCGGCUCCUGCAGGAUCAGGAUCCACACUGUCCCAGAGGAUCACAGGAACCUUUAAAAAGCUAAAGUGU